GGCAGUGUGACGUCACAAGUCGGCGACGCGGUCCUGUGCCUGUUAUUCGGCUUGAGAAAGUGUCCAAACACACAGAAAAACAGGUGAAGCGACUGAGAUCCAUGUGACGCACUAUUAUAAAGAUGGCGUUUAUUAAAGAGGAGAGUGAAGAUUUGAAGAUUGAAGAAACAUUCAGUGUGAAACAAGAAGAUACUGAGGAACAAACAGAUCUGAUGGCACUGAAAGAGGUGUGUCAAGAACAAAAUGAAAUGGAAGGGAAAGAUCAUUAUGAGAAAUGUCAUAGUUUCAUAAGUGGAGAAAAAUCAUUUAGUUGCUCACAGACUGAAAUGACUUCACAAAAAAGAGAUAAGACAGGAACUAGUGAUUUCAUCUGCCAACAGUGUGGAAAAAGUUUUACCCAAAAAGGAAGCCUUAAAGUCCACAUUAGAGCUCACAAUGAAGUGAGCUCUCUCACCUGCCAACAAUGUGGAAAAAUUUUCAGCAGAAAAGGAAACCUUAAUUACCACAUGAGAAUUCACACUGGAGAGAAGCCUUACACCUGCCCUCAAUGUGGAAUAAGUUUCACUCAAAAAAUAAUCCUCAAAAGACACAUUAGAAUUCACACUGGAGAGAAGCCUUACACCUGCCAAUUUUGUGGAAACAAUUUCAUUCGAAAAGGAAGCCUUAAAAGCCACAUCAGAAUCCAUACCGGUGAGCAGCCUUACACCUGCCCUCAGUGUGGACGGAGUUUUACACAUAAGCAAACUUUUAAUGCCCAUGUGAAAACUCACAAUGGAGAGAAGCCUUUCACCUGCGAACAGUGUGGAAAGAAUUUCACUGAAAAGGGACACCUUAAUAAACACUUGAGAAUUCACAGUGGAGAGAAUUCUUUCACCUGCCAACAGUGUGGAAAGAGUUUCACUGAAAAGGGAAACCUUAAACAACACAUGAUAAUUCACACCGGAGAGAAGCCUUUCACCUGUGAACAGUGUGGAAAAAGUUUCAAAGCAGAACUAAACCUUAGGAAUCACAUGAAGGUUCACACUGGAGAGAGACCGUUCAUUUGUGAUCAGUGUGGAAAACGUUUCAGAAAUAAAGCAACCCUUAAUUCCCACAUGAAGAUUCACUCUAAAUUGUGAGCUGUAUAAUAAUAAAAAUUAUUUUGCCAUCACACUUAUAAAGCCAUGUAUAUCUAAGACGCUUGUUAUGAAAGUGUUAAAAAUAUCAUCAGAAAAAUACAUAGUGUGAAUUAAGGCUACAUUCACACCACAGCUGAAUUUGGACAAAAUCUAAUUGUCCACCUUAGUGACCACUUCUUUCACACUUCUUUUUUAUCUCCUUUGACAUAGUUUCAAAAAACUCACAAGUAAGUAUAUGCUGUCAAUCUGAACUUGAAUAUGGGUACUGCUGCGGCUCAUGUAGUGGUAUCUAGAAGUGAUCCCAGGUGCUUCUACACUCUAAGCAGAAAAGGUUCAAAAAGAAACCUUCUGAGGUUCCUAAAGAUUGCAACUGUGGGGCAACAUUAUUUAUAAUAUUUGAAAAUAUCAUCAAGAUAGGGUUAUAGGGUAAACAUUAUGACCACCUACCUAUUAUGUUGCUGGUCCUCCACGUGGAACCAAAACAGCAUACCUGCUUAGGGGUGGACUCCUUUACUAGGGAUGCUGUGGUAUCUGGCUCCAAGACAUUAGAAGCAGAUCCUUCAAGUCCUGUAGAUUGCGAGGUGGAGUCACAAUUCAAUUCGAUUGAGAUCUGGUGAAUUUGGAGUCCAGGUCAACACCUUGAACUCUUCAUCAUGUUCCUCAAACCAUUCAUGACCAAUAGCUAUUUUUCCACUGUCGGGCCAAAAGCGAGUGUACUAGUGCAUGCCAGGGCCAGUUGUGUUUCCACUGUCACUUCCAGGGCUUGAUCAGGCCUUGUCGGGGCUUCCUUGCGGCCAAUGGCUUGGAUUUUUGAAAACUUAAUGAAAAUCGCAUUGUCGAUUGAUGCUCUAAUGUAAUCUCGUUGUAUUAUAACAAUGACAAUAAAUUAAAUUAUUAUUAAGGUCUGCCGAAUAUCUUGGUCCAAAGCGGGCCAACUGGGGCUUGAAGAGUGGCCAUGGACAGAGACGGAGUUUAUCUGAGUCAGGAGAGGGUCUACCCUGCUGCCCAUUUCCCAUGUUAAUAAGUCAGGCUACCAGCUAACUUCAAUUUUUAAGAUAUUUUAAACAAUUUUCAGCUCAAAACUCACUUUCAUAAACCUGUCUGAAGGGUGAAACACCCCCCCCCCCCCCUUUUAAUUUUUUUGUGAUGUUGUAAACUGUCCUUUGAAAAUGUAUGUAUAUAUGCAAUAUAUGUCUCUUUUUUUUCCUUCUCUUUUGUUGUGUUGUAUGGGUAGGAAUGGGAACAGGAUGUAAAGAGUUCGAAACUUGUCUUUAACUUUUGUACCAUUAUUGUGAAUUUAUUGUAAUUAUUGUCAAACCUUUAAUAAAUAGAGAAUUAAAUAAAAACUCACUUUCAUAAACCAGCGAGUGUUUGAAAUGAAUUCCGAUUACGAUCCGAAGGGGAAUCUGAUCACCGUAUGAGGCAGAAAUAUAUUUAUAUGCAAUGCUAAAGGCUACUUAUGCUAACCAUUGCGAUAAUAAAUACACGUUUAUGAAAAAUACCAGAUAACACUUGAAUAAUGUAGACAAAUCAUAGACAAUUAUAAUCAUGUAUUUAUUUGGCUAUUUAUCUUUCCCCUGUGCCUUUGGUGAUACCGGACUAAUGUAUCCACAUGUCAUAAAUUACCUAUACUCUGGUUAACUCAUAACUCCUGUUUUCUGCCCGUGAGCUCCCUCUGUUGCUCUGGUGCACUAUUAGUGAAACGGAAGACAUCGCUCAAACCUCCUCAGAUUGCAUAAUUUCAUGGAAAAUGAAUAGAAGUGCUCACGGUUUCUAAAGAAAUGUCAUGUAAACAUGACAUUUUAUCAAUAUUUUUUCUAAAUGUGUAAGCCUUUGGACUUAAAAGCCUUAAUGGAGCUGUUUUGUGCAUUGUGACCUCUCUACAAUGGUAACUUUCUCCUCAGCCCAACAGACCAGCUUCUGUUGAA